AUGCAUUCUGUUUCUCACUAUGGACCUGCUUUGAGCGUCAAAUUUCUUGACAGGUUUGUUUACGCCGGUUAUGGUCCAUUUUUGCACGUUUACGAAUAUGCAACUGGUAAACUGGCUAAUAAAUGUCUUAUCUUCAAUAAAAACAAAGUUCACGGUGUGAGGAUUGGUGACAAUGGGUUAAUUCUUUGCUACGGCUCUAGAUCUGUUAAUUUGACGAGUAUUCAGGAUGUCCAUGAGAAAAGUAGCAUUGUGGAAAGUGAAAAGCAUACUAGUGAAUGGAUUAUUAGCGGGGAGUUUAAUUCCGACUGCAGUCAAUUCUAUUUAUUGACAUGCUAUGAUCGGGUCUUAACCUGUGAUUUGGAGUGCCAUGUUGUAAAGAAAAGUGCAGUUUAUGGUGAGAGAUCAAUUCUUUACUCAGGUUCGAUCAAAGUGGUUUCCGAGGAUAAAGUGUUUAUCAAUGCAGGUACCGUUAUGGGUGGAAUUAUAGUCUGGGAAUUAUUUAGUGAAACUCUAGUGGCAAAUCUGUUAGGACAUAGUGGGUCCAUCUUUUAUGUGGAGAUGAAUAGAGAUGGAUCAUUGAUAGCUAGUUGUUCUGAUGAUAGAUCUGUUAGACUUUGGGAUCUCAAGUCCCAAAAAGAAUUAUCUGUUGGUUGGGCUCAUACCGCCAGGAUUUGGCAUCUGCUGUUCUACAACAACGACACUCGAUUGAUUAGUGUUUCUGAAGACUGCACUUGCCGGGUAUGGGACAUCCAGAGCGGUAAACUGUUACAAAGUGCUAUCCACGAAGUUCAUUUGACGAAAAACGUUUGGUGCGUAGAUGUUAACGAGAAAGAUCAACUGGCCAUCACCUCGGGGAACGACGGGAGGCUAAGAUUGAUCUCGUUGACAGAACAAGAGAGUUUACAGAGGAAUUUUACCAUCAAGCAAAUUAGUGACGAUUCUAAAGUGCCGUUUGCUAAACAAGAAAUUAUCAAAGGUUUCCACUGGUUUUCCUUUGGACUUGUAGCCAUCACUUCUGAAGGCAAAAUUUUGCAGUAUGGUAAUCAAUGGAAGUUCUUAAUGCAAAAUCCACAGUUUAAAUCAUAUUCUAUGACUAAUGGAAUCAGUAAAGAUAACAUUGUCAUAUUUUCAAAUAACAAAUGUAAUUUGCUGAUACUUAAGUUUAAUUCUGAGGGUAGUGAAAUCGUUGCAAGUCGCGAGUUGCACGUCGAUACACUAACAAAGAGCCAAAACUGUAUGGUAUGUCGCCAUCACGAUAGAAAUGAAUUUUUUGUUACGCUAGAGUCUCCUAAUCCUCACGAUCCAUUUAUGUGCCUUAAAUUCGACACUGAUUCUUUAAAUCUGAGGGGUCAAUUUGGGUUAAAAAAACCAGAAUCGUUUGCCUCAUCAUGUUUAGAGAUCUACGAAUCUUUUCUUUUGGUUGGCUCUCGUUUUAGCGUCAUAGCUAUUUUCGAUCUUAAUAAUACGAGUCAAGAAUCACUGGUAUCCCGAAGGCUGACCCCUGGAGAUACUACUACUAGUAUCCAUUUAGUAGAAUUCUCUAUUGGUGGACCAGUUUUCGUUGUCACCAACAGGGAUGGUUACUACAAUUUUAUUAGAUUAAAAUUGGGCAAUCCAAUUGAAGAAUUGGAAAUCAUUCAUUCUAAUAGGACUGCUCGCGGAUUUUUGGAGGGUGCUUAUUACGAUAAUAAUGGAGACUUAAUCACAUAUGGGUUUAAAUCUGAAUUAUUCUACAUCUAUAACGAAACGCAAUGUUAUGAAAAGGCUGUACGAGUAUGCGGUGGUGCUCAUCGUCAAUGGGAACUAGCAAGGACCCCGGAAGGAUUUAUGCUAGUGUUCAUAAGAGCUUCUGAUUUGCAUUUCACAAGGGUGAUCGAACCUAAAGUGCCAGAAGUCUUACAAUGCGGUACACACGGCAGAGAAAUUAGAGACAUCGCACUAUUGAAGGAUUUCAAAUACAAGAAUGGUCAUUUAUUUUGUACCGCUUCAGAGGAUACUACUAUCAAAUUAUGCCAUGUCCACGAGAGUACCGGUCAAGUAACAACGUUUUGGACUCUAAGGAAGCACGUUUCCGGUUUACAGCGCUGUAAAUUUCUCAGUUCCAAACUUAUGAUAUCUUCGUCUGCCAGAGAAGAAUUGUUCUUAUGGGAACUAACUACGGAUUGUAACACCAAGCCUUAUAUCAAGUUUCGCCAGGCACUGCCCAUCUCCGGGAACAAUCCAGAUCUGAGAAUAACAGAUUUUUCUGUCAAGUUUGAAGGAUCAAAUUUUAUUUUGGCAGCAGUAUAUUCAGAUUCUGCAGUUAAACUCUGGCGUUAUAACCAUUUACAAAACAGAUUCCAAUUGGCAGUUGAAGGUCAUUACAAGACUUGUUGCAUAUUAAAUGCUUCCCUAUUUGAAUUUAAAAAUCAGUCGUACUUAAUGUUAUCUGCCACCGACGGUCAUCUGUCAUUGUACAAUCUAACGAAUACGAUGAACGGCGGAACGGUUUGUCCACUCCCAUCUGUUGAAUCAUCCAUUCAGAUCCAUCAGUCAAGUAUCAAAGCGAUGAACAUAUCUGUAGAUGACCAAAAUGACGCGGUCAGAGUGUACACUGGUGGUGAUGACAAUGCACUGGCCAUCUGCGCAUUCCAUUGGGAAAGUCAAACUAAAAGAUUACUACCGCACCUCAAAGAUGUCCAGAGAAGUGCAGCUUCCUCUACAAUCACUUCAUCUGAAUUGAUCAACGACGACAAACAGCUCGUGACUGCUUCCGUUGAUCAAAUAGUCAGAAUAUGGGACACUGAGAAUGACAAGCUUGUUUUACAGGAACAAAAAUACACAACUGUAGCGGACACAGGGUCGUUAGACGCUGUAAGUAAUUUACUACUUAUCGGCGGCGUGGGUCUUUCUGUAUGGAAGACCGAGCAUCAUUGA